UUUUUUUGAUUGAGAUAAGUCCUCAUUGAUCCAACAACACUGUCCUUUCCUUAUGGAGGAAAUUUUGUUAUGGUUCCCCAUCCUCUUGAUUCUAAUCCUUUUGAUCUCAAACGUGGGAAAGAGAAUCAAAAGUAAAAAAAUUACUUCAAAUCUUCCUCCUGGGCCUUGGAAGCUACCAAUUUUUGGAAGCAUACAUCACCUUAUUGGCUCCCUACCCCACCAUAGAAUGAGAGAAUUGUCCCUAAAGUAUGGUCCUAUCAUGCACCUACAACUUGGAGAGACUUCAGCCAUAGUGGUUUCUUCUAAAGAAAUUGCCAAAGAGUUGUUCAAAACCAAUGAUGUUACAUUUUCUCAAAGACCUCGUUUUCUUGGUGCUGAAAUUGUUUCUUAUGGUAGCACCAACAUUGUCUUUGCAUCCUAUGGAGAUUAUUGGAGGCAGCUAAGAAAAAUAUGCACAUUAGAACUGUUGAGUGCUAAACGUGUGAGAUCAUUCCAAUCAAUUAGAGAGGAAGAGGUGUUAAAUUUAACAAGAUGUAUUUCUAUAAACACUGGAACUAUUAUCAACCUCACUCAUGAAAUUUUAUCUAUGCAAUAUAACAUCAUUUCUAGGGCAACUUUUGGUGAUAAAUGCAAGGAGCAAGAAGCAUAUACCAAGUUCAUCAAGGAAACUAUAAAGUUGGCAGAGAGUUUCAGUGUCACUAAUUUGUUUCCCUCCCAACAUUGGUUACAUGUGAUUAGUGGAAUGGUUUGUAAAUUGAAGAAAAUUCACAAGACUGGUGAUAUGAUUCUUGAAAAUAUCAUCAACGAAAAGAAAACAAAGACUGAUGGAGAUGGAAGUCUUUUGUCCUAUCUUUUGAGUCUCAAUGAUCAUGGCUCUUCCAACCCUGAUGGAUUUCAUUUGACAAUCAACAACAUUAAAGCUGUUAUUCAGGAUAUCAUUUUUGCUGGAAGUGAAACAACAUCUUCAACUUUAGAAUGGGCUUUUUCAGAAAUGAUGAAAAACCCUAGAGUGCUAAAAAAGGCUCAAGCAGAAGUUAGACAAGUCUUUGGAAACAAAGGAUAUAUUGAUGAAAUAAAUUUUCAAGAACUGAAAUAUGUAAAAGCAAUAAUUAAAGAAACCUUAAGAUUGCACCCACCUAGUCCUCUACUACUACCAAGAGAGUGUAUUGAAACUUGUGAGAUUAAUGGAUACACAAUACCAUCUGGAACACAAGUGUUUGUGAAUGGAUGGGCAAUAGGAAGAGACCAAAAGUAUUGGAGGGAAGGAGAAAAGUUUUAUCCUGAGAGGUUCAUGGAUUGUCUAGUUGAUUACAAAGGGUCUAAUUUUGAGUACAUACCUUUUGGUGCAGGAAGGAGAAUAUGUCCAGGAAUCACAUUUGCUGAACCUAAUUUAGAAUUUCCUCUUGCUCAAUUGUUGUACUAUUUUGAUUGGGGACUUCCCUAUGGAAUUACUCAUGAAAAUUUGGAUAUGACUGAAGUGUUUGGUGCUUCUGUGAAAAGGAAAAAUGGUCUAUUCUUAAUUCCAAGUCUUUACAAUCAUGUACCUCUUGAAUAAGAGUUUUUUAAGGUACCUAUUGAAUGAAUAAAAGUUGAAUAUCAUUAAAUGUAUGAAAUUCUCCAUCUUUUAAUUUAGUUUGGAAUUGCA